UGUCCCAGCCUCCUUUGCGGGUAAACAGACAUGGCCGGCGAAGGAGAUCAGCAGGACGCUGCGCACAACAUGGGCAAUCACCUGCCGCUCUUGCCUGCAGAGAGUGAGGAAGAAGAUGAAAUGGAAGUUGAAGACCAGGAUAGUAAAGAAGCCAAAAAACCAAACAUCAUAAAUUUUGACACCAGUCUGCCAACAUCACAUACAUACCUAGGCGCUGAUAUGGAAGAAUUUCAUGGCAGGACUUUGCACGAUGACGACAGCUGUCAGGUGAUUCCAGUUCUGCCACAGGUGAUGAUGAUCCUGAUUCCCGGACAGACAUUGCCUCUUCAGCUUUUUCACCCUCAAGAAGUCAGUAUGGUGCGGAAUUUAAUUCAGAAAGAUAGAACCUUUGCUGUUCUUGCAUACAGCAAUAUACAGGAAAGGGAAGCACAGUUUGGAACAACAGCAGAGAUAUAUGCCUAUCGAGAAGAACAGGAUUUUGGAAUUGAGAUAGUGAAAGUGAAAGCAAUUGGAAGACAAAGGUUCAAAGUCCUUGAGCUAAGAACACAGUCAGAUGGAAUCCAGCAAGCUAAAGUGCAAAUUCUUCCCGAAUGUGUGUUGCCUUCAACCAUGUCUGCAGUUCAGUUAGAAUCCCUCAAUAAGUGCCAGAUAUUUCCUUCAAAACCUGUCUCAAGGGAAGACCAGUGUUCAUAUAAAUGGUGGCAGAAAUACCAGAAGAGAAAGUUUCAUUGUGCAAAUCUAACUUCAUGGCCUCGCUGGCUAUAUUCCUUAUAUGAUGCUGAAACCUUAAUGGACAGAAUCAAGAAACAGCUACGUGAAUGGGAUGAAAAUCUAAAAGAUGAUUCUCUUCCUUCAAAUCCAAUAGAUUUUUCUUACAGAGUAGCUGCUUGUCUUCCUAUUGAUGAUGUAUUGAGAAUUCAGCUCCUUAAAAUUGGCAGUGCUAUCCAACGACUUCGCUGUGAAUUAGACAUUAUGAAUAAAUGUACUUCCCUUUGCUGUAAACAAUGUCAAGAAACAGAAAUAACAACCAAAAAUGAAAUAUUCAGUUUAUCCUUAUGUGGGCCGAUGGCAGCUUAUGUGAAUCCUCAUGGAUAUGUGCAUGAGACACUUACUGUGUAUAAAGCUUGCAACUUGAAUCUGAUAGGCCGGCCUUCUACGGAACACAGCUGGUUUCCUGGGUAUGCCUGGACUGUUGCCCAGUGUAAGAUCUGUGCAAGCCAUAUUGGAUGGAAGUUUACGGCCACCAAAAAAGACAUGUCACCUCAAAAAUUUUGGGGCUUAACGCGAUCUGCUCUGUUGCCCACGAUCCCAGACACCGAAGAUGAAAUAAGUCCAGACAAAGUAAUACUUUGCUUGUAAACAGAUGUGGUAGAGAUAAAGUUAUCUAACAAAUUGGUUAUAUUCUAAAAUCAGAUCUGCUUUGGAAAUUAUUGCGUCUGAUACAUAUCUAAGUAAACACAACAUUACUUGGAGGGUUGCAGUUUCUAAGUAUACUUUUGGAGAGCAUGAACAGCAGUCUAGAAUACUAGAAACAUCUACUUGGGUAGCCUAGAACCAUUAUCCUGUGGAAUCUGAUAUGUCUGGCAGCAUGUCAUUGAUGGGACAUGAAGACAUGUUUGGAAAUGAGAUUAUUUCCUGCGUAAAAAAAAAUCUUAAAUUCCUACAAUGUGAAACGAAUCAUUUGAUCCUGAUGUAUGGGACAGUGUAUCUGUACCAGUGCUCUAAAUGACAAAAGCUAGGGUGACAAGUACAUGUUCCUUUUUGAAAGAAGCAAGGCAAUGUAUAAUUCUAAAAGGGCUUUGUUCCUUUCCAUUUUCUUUAGCUUCUCUGAGAUACUGAUUUGUAAAUUUUGAAAAUUAGUUAAAAUAUGCAGUUUUUUGAGCCCACGAAUAGUUGUCAUUUCCUUUAUGUGCCUGUUAGUAAAAAAUAGUAUUGUGUAUUUGCUCAGUAUUUGAACUGUAAGCCCAUUUAUACUGUUCCAUACAAAAGCUAUUUUUCAAAAAUUAAUUUGAACCAAAACUACUAUUACAGGGAAAAUUUGCCAAAACAUGUCCCCUCACACAGGCUACACGUGAUACUGUAUUUUGUUCAAUGUAAAUUGAAGAAAAUCUGUAAGAAGAAAAUCUGUAAGUAAACCUUAAAUGUGAAACUAAACAUGUUCUUUGUUCAAAUAAUAUAAAAUAUCACUCAUAAUUUUAAAGUU